GAGCUCAGUGUAGGUAGGAGCUCUGUGUAGGUAGGAGCUCUGUGUAGGCAGGAGCUCAGUGUAGGUAGGAGCUCUGUGUAGGUAACAGCUCAGUGUAGGUAGGAGCUCUGUGUAGGUAACAGCUCUGUGUAGGUAGGAGCUCAGUGUAGGUAACAGCUCAGUAUAGGUAGGAGCUCUGUGUAGGCAGGAGCUCUGUGUAGGCAGGAGCUCUGUGAUUUACACACUGCAUGGUAACGGACCCAUCUGCAGACUCCUGGAAACCGAACGCCUUCCAUGUUCAGGUGUGGCCUGUGUAACACGUGGCAGCUGGACUUUGACUGACUCGAGCAUUGGCAGAAGUCAUCGUAUAAGAGACGCGCGGGGAGAAGGGAGUCGUUUCAGCCGCGCUGUGGAGGAGAGAGGAAAAGAGAGAUGGCGAUGUGGAAAACACUGGGACCUCUUCUUCUGCUAGCGCACGUGGUCUUUGGCCAGAGCAGCAUCAGAUGGUGCACCAUCUCGGAACCGGAGCAGCAGAAGUGCAACGCCAUGUCGAAGGCCUUCGCCGAAGUCUCCAUCCGUCCCUCCCUGGAAUGUGUCAACGGCGCCACCGUAGAGGGCUGCGUUCAAAAGCUAGAGAGAAAUGAAGCAGAUUCUUUCUCUACGUACGCCUCGACCAUCUACACCCUGGGGAAGACGGCUUCCUUCAAGAUAGCUGCAGCAGAGUCUGCAGGAGGCUCUGAUGAUAAAGGUACGACCUACUACGCCGUUGCUGUCGUGAAGAAGUCCAAUUCUGCCAUCAAUAUUAACAACCUGGCCGGGAAAAACAGCUGCCACACCGGGAAAGGCAGAACAGCUGGCUGGAAUAUGCCGGUGGGGUACUUUAUAGACCAAGGCACCAUAUCUGCGAUGGGGUGCAAUAUUCCACAGGGAGUUGCAGAUUUCUUCAAUGCCAGUUGCAUACCUGGGUGCCAGAGUGACCCCCCAUCUCUGUGUGCGCUGUGUAAGGGAGAUGUCAAUGGAAAUUUCAAGUGUGAGAAGAGCCCUAAAGAGCAAUACUUCGCUUAUGAGGGAGCCUUCAGGUGUAUGGUUGAAGGUGCAGGCGAGGUUGCCUUCAUCAAGCACACAACGGUCUUGGACCACACAGAUGGAAAGGGCCCCUCCUGGGCACAAGGACUGAAGUCAGAAAACUAUGAGCUGUUGUGUCGUGAUGGGGUCAGAGCUCCUGUAACUGCCUGGAAUCGAUGCCACCUGGUCCGCAUCCCAUCUCGUGGCAUCGUGGUCCGCAACGACAUCACCCCCUCUGUGGUCUACAACAUGUUGCAGGAUGGCUUGAGCAAGUCAGGGUUCCAAAUGUUCUCCUCCGGGUCCUACGGGGAGGGAAAUCUUCUGUUCUCUGAAUCCUCCACUAAGUUCUUGAGGGCAACAUCAGAAGACCCCAAGAUGUGGAUGGGCACAGAGUAUUACAACGCUUUGCGUGCUAUGGACUGUAAAGUGGAAGAGCUCCCACCCUCCCUGCGCUGGUGUGUGACGUCCAGUGGUGAGCAGAACAAAUGUGCCGCGAUGGCCCAGGCCUUCAGCGGUAAAGGUCUGACUCCGACUAUCAAGUGUGUCUAUGGAGACUCCCCCACUGACUGCAUGAAGAAAAUUCAGAACAAGGAGGCCGAUGCAAUAACUUUGGAUGGAGGCGACAUCUACACAGCAGGCAAAGACUACGGUCUGGUACCUGCCACUGGGGAGAGCUAUACUGAGGAGCGUGACGGUUCUACCUACUAUGCGGUUGCUGUGGUGAAGACGAGUAAUGCUGACAUCCGUACCCUUGACGACCUGCGCGGUCGCCGUUCUUGUCACACUGGCUACGGUCGCACAGCUGGAUGGAACGUUCCCAUAUCAACACUGAUGGAAAGAGGCCUGAUCCAACCUCAGCACUGUCAGAUAGCCCAAGCGGCGGGGGAGUUUUUCAAGCAGAGCUGCGUGCCGGGUGCCAAUCAGCCUGGUUUCCCUACCAACCUGUGUGACCUGUGUGUGGGAGACCAAGCGGGUCAGAACAAAUGUGAGAAGGGAAAGGACCUUUACGACGGAUACAAUGGAGCCUUCAGAUGUCUGGCUAAGGGAGAAGGAGACGUGGCUUUCAUCAAACAUUCUACUGUCUUUCAAAACACAGAUGGUAAUUCAAGUGAACCAUGGGCGAAGGACCUCCUGUCCACUGAUUUCCAGCUGCUGUGCUCCCAGGGCAGCAGAGCUGAAGUCAAGCAGUACCGGAACUGUCACUUGGCCAGGGUUCCCUCCCACGCUGUGAUGGUACGACCCGACACCAACAUCCACGUUGUCUUCGGACUCCUGGACAAAGCUCAGAGGUAUUUCGGCAGUGAUACAAAUCCAGACUUUAAGAUGUUUGAUUCAUCAGCCUAUCAAGGCUCAGAUCUCAUCUUCAAAGACUCUACAGUUCGCUUAGUUGGUGUGGCCGACAGAAAGACCUAUAAGGAGUGGCUCGGUCAGGAGUACCUGGACUCGCUGGUCGAAAUGGAUUGUAACUCAUCCAGUGCAGUGAUGUCAUCUGUGUGUCUGCUGCUGACAGCGCUGUUCAGCUCCAUGCUGGCCAACCUCUGGAUGUAGACACAACACCACCGUCCUUCCCCCUCCCCCGUCUUCCCCGAGACCCCUCUCCCUAUACCCGUUCUUCUCUCGCUUAUCCUAGCCCCUGCUUUGUGGUGUCACUCUUCACCGCACAGCUGAAUUGUGUGAAAUUUACACGGCCUGACUGCUGUCCGGUCAAACGAUCGUUUUCACUGCCUCUGUCCGGCCCGGCUGAGACCUUCAGCGUCGGGGAUCUACCCCCCAUCCCUGAUUCUGUGGCUUUAUCUGAUGAUUGUGUGAAACUACUUCCACACGCUGUAUGUUGUACCUUACAUCAGGGAGGAUGGCAUGUUGAAACGGCCUUUGGGUUUAAAUGGUGUCGGUGUUUUGGCGCUUAGAGUCACUUGUCAGUGUGGCGGAGAAGAAACUGGUGUUUGCUCUUUGGCUGGGCCACAUGACAGUCAACCAAAUGACAAACGACAACAGCGAUGACGCUGCUGGGUGAGCUGCCGUGUCGGUGCAUACGCCGGUUUCAUGUCUGCUGUGCGGUACGCUCCUCUGUGUCCCGGAGACGAGACGUACACAGAAACCGACCCUCAGUUCUUCACCUCAUGCAGCCCACCGCUGACAUUUUCCUUUCUGAGAGUGGAAACGAGUGGAUUUUCCUUCCAUUUCAGUGGAGAAACCAUUAAAGCUUAGUCCCACUGGGCUGAUGUCAGCGCCCACCAUCGCAGAGCGGAGCGCCCAGUUAGAGUUAGUGAUGCAUGGCUCUCGUCUCCAUGACCUUUUCCCUCCCAUUCACUGCAGCUGAUCCAAGGUUGUUUCUCUUGUUCCUAGAGGCUUCAGUGCAGAUUUUCUAUUUCUUAUUUUAUUUUAUUUAUAUAUAUAUAUAUCGGGCCAACGACUGUCGCUCUGCUCUAAUGCAGUUGGCUUCAUGUGUACUAUCGAAGCCUUGUCGUGUUUAAGGCCAUGAUUCUACAAUUCGCUCACGCCAUGUCAGUAGCUACGCCCGAGCGCUACGCCCGAGUGCCGCCCUCCAUGUGACUGCUGGGAAUGAUAUUAAGGACGAAUGUCGGUGACCAACUGACCGGCCACAGGCUGUUUGCUUCAUGUAUUCUCCCUAAAGGUUGGAAACAAGACAACAUAUAUCUGCUUUUCGUUUUUUUCCUCUCUGCUUAGAAUAGUGAGCUUUUAUAAUGUUACUAGGCCGGUAUAAUUCUGAAUUUGCAAAUCGUAGUCCCAGACAGCUGAUGAGCACUUUUGUGAAACUGUUAAAUUUGGGCUGUGUUUUUAGUUAUUGCUACUAAUCUCCUGCUUUUUAUGGAAUUUGGGGCACCUCUGGCAGACGGUCUGGCGACUCAUCUCUUCUUCCAUUUCAUGCCCCGUCAGGAGUUUAACAGUUUGGGGCGAACGUGGAGAAAACCUCCUUAGUUUCCAUUUGAGAAUGAAUGUUUUAAUCCAAAGUCAACCCCGAAGGGAAAUAAUUGAGAAUAACAGGCUUUUGAGAGCUGGUUAAAAUGAAAACGGUGGCAUGUUUGGCACGAGACGGUUGUCCUGAAAGGUAGUUGAGGAUGAAUGUGCAAUCACAUACUGGCUCGAAUGAAAAGGGACCCCGGCUUUGGCUUAAAAAGAGACGUACGUCCAUAGAUAUUUGAGGUUAUAAGGUGCCAUACAAAUCAAACGCAACACCAACACAGUAAUAAUGUUGAAUGCUGGAAUUUUCCCGAGGAAGACGGAGAGUCUUAAAAUGUGUCUCCCUAAAUCCAACCACUCAGACCAGCAGCGCCUGCCAUGUCCGCCUCGUGCUGAUUGAUGCCGUUUCCUGUUUGAAAUGUUCGGAUGUUUAUUUCAUUUACUGAGAGAUUUUAUUUUUAUAUGAAGUUCAGAUGCCAUAUCAGUGUAUAUGUACUGACUCAUGCUGUCAGAGAAUACUGUCUAAGCUCUUUCUCCUCCUAAUAGGUUUGUUUCUUGUGAAAUGGUAAGCAUGUAACUAAUAUUUAGUUGCCAGGCCAGUGCGUCUGCAUAAGUAUAGCUACAUAAAACUGUCCUCUGUUUUCUACUUUGUGUUCAGACAAAAUAAAGCGACUGCCUGUGUA